UAUCAGCAUCGCUUCAUUCAGCAAUGCACGGUGUGUUAGUGCCUCUUGUUCAUGCUACAGCAGGUGUGAAAGGCUGGAGACGUGAAGGUAGUCUUGAGUUUUGUUACUGUCAGGACAAAUAAAUGUAAACAUUACCUUAGUAGAAGCUGUGAGUGUGUGGAACAGUGUGUGUGGUAAAAGAAGGCUGAAGAUUCACUCUUAGUCAUUCCUUUGAUGAGCCAUUCUCUGUUGGAUGACCACUCCUCUUUUAUUUUGGGGGUUUAUAAUUUUCAGUGUUUAGAAUCCUUCCAUUUCUUCUCAGAAUGGUGGUGAGCAGGCAGAUGUCCCUCCCUUCUUGGUGUUCUUGUAGUGCAUUAUCAUCUCAUGGUAAAUUUUGCCAGCAAUGAGAGGGUCACAAGCAAAGCUGCCAGUUGUGUAGCAGCAAAGAGAAGACAGGAGAGCUCUGUGUGUGAGGUUGUAGAAGGACAUGGCCAUUACUUUUCUUAUCAUGUGUUACAGGUACCUGCAUGUACCUGCUGGGGUACCAUGCAAUCUGAGCUGCUUUGGCACAGUAAGUGAGGCCUAUGAAAUAUUGUUACACCUGAUCUGUUCCUUUCUGUGUGUUCCCAACUCUUGCCUUUCUUAGUGUCAUGAGCUCAACCUCAGGCUGUCUGCUCUUAUGUGGAAGGUCACUUCCAAUUGUCCCAGUGCAGGUGCAGUUCCUGCACACACCUGUGAUGUUUACAGCUGUGAAGGGGAAGCUUUCACAGGCCGAUGUGCUCACCCAGGCACACUUGUCUGUAGUGUAACAGUGCCAAACCACCUCUACUGCAGUCCUCCAAAUGCAGUGGUCACCCAGUGAAGCCAAGGCUUCUCUAAACAGACCAGGGGCUGGUGAGAGAGUAUGUGCAGAGUGUCUCUCACAGAGUUGCCCAGAACAUGCUGGACACUCAUCUGGAGACUGUUACAUGGAUCAGGAACUGGCUGGAUAGUCACCUUGAAGGAGUUCUAGACAACAGCUGAAUGUCCAAGUGCAAACCUGCAACUUGUCCUUGCAGAGUCCUUCCUGGGAGCAGUACUGUUUAGUAUCUUCAUAGACACUGGGAUUGAGCACACCCUCAGCAAAUGUGCAGCUGACACCAAGCUGAGUUGAUUCACGAGAGGGCAGAGAUGCCAACAAGAGAGACCUGGAUAGGUUGGAGGAGUGGGCCAGUGAAAACAUCCUGAAGUUCAACAAGGCCAAGGGAAAGGUUCUGCACCUGGGUCAGGGCAAUCUGCAGGUUCAGUAGGGAGUAGGGAAUUGGGAAGAGCUUUGCAGAGAAGUACAUGGGGUUACUGGUGGGUGAUACAAUGGGACAUGAUUUGGCAACAGACAUGUGCUGCUCAGAAAGAAUGUUGUAUCCUGCACAGUAUAAGAGGUAAUAAGGCAAACAGGGUGAUAGGGGUGGUUCACUCCCUCUAAGCUCUUUUUGUGAGAUACCAGCUAGAGCAAUGCAUGCUUUCAGUGACCUUGAAAGAGCCCUUCCAACCAAAACCAUUGUUUGAAUCUAUGAAGAACUUGGUGUGGCUUUGCAAUUUCCCAUUGUCAGCCCCUCAAGUAUGGAGAGGAAAAGAAUGAUAUUUCAGAAAUCACAAACAAAAGAGUAACUGUUAUUGUGCUAUCUUAGCAUAGAGAUGGCUUCCAUUGCUUUAGGCUGAUCCAUUUCUCGGGUUAAUUUAUCCCAGGUAAUAAAUGCAGAAGAUUUCAAAAGAUCUAACACAGUUCAAAAAUGCUCUUGAAGUCUUCCCUAUAUUAUCGUUUAUUGGUCCUAUAGUUGGGCCUGGUUUUAUUAAGAGCAACUCUGUUCCUUUCCUUAUCAUUCUGCUAUGAAUAUUUAUGAAUAUUUGCUUCUGAUUAUUCAUUGUGAUAAUGACUUAAAAGCACCCGACAGCGCAUAUCAUUUCCAAAGGCCUUAGGAAGCACAUUAAGGAGGUCCUGCUUUGACUGCUGAUUGGAAUCGCGAGAGACCCCAGGGCCGCUGCAGCCCCAUCCCGGGCCAAAGUUGUUCCCCGCCGAGCGCGGGCGUGAGGCGGCUGCAGUGUUGUGUCGGCGCCUCCGGGUGCCGCUGUUGGGCCGCCGGCGAGCGUUGCUGGAGCCGCCGCCGCCGCCGCCUGUGCGUGCUGUCCCCGCAGGCUGCUGGCUCGGGCGGGCAGUGCGGGCCAGAGCGGCAGCGGCACGGGCAGCAGAGGCGAGAGGCGGCGCGGGCAGCAGAGGCGUGCGAGUGGGAGGCGGCGGCGGUCCGGGUUUGCUUUGUCGGGCGCUGCUGUGGCUGCGCCGAGCGGCUGCGAGGGAGGCGGGGCGGCGGCAGGAGCCUGGCGAGCUCGGCGAGCGAGCGCUGUGGGCGAUGUCGGGCGGGCGGAGGCCGAGCGGCGGGCCGGGCGGCGGGCGAGCGGCGGUGCUGGGCGCUGUGCUGCUGUGGCUGUGCUGGCGGGCGGCGGCGGAGCGGCUCCGCUACUCCAUGGCCGAGGAGCUGCCCAGAGGCUCGCUGGUGGGGCCGCUGGCCCGGGACCUGGGGCUCAGCGCCGACGAGCUGCCGGCGCGCAAGCUGCGGGUGGCGUCUGCCGGCAAAAAGCAGCUGAAAUACUUCACGGUGAGCGAGGAGAACGGGAACCUGUACGUGAGCGAGAGGCUGGACCGGGAGGAGCUGUGCGGCGAGUCGUUGUCCUGCUCGGUCAGCUUCGAGGCGCUGGUGCACAACCCGCUCAACGUCUUCCGUGUCGAAGUGGCCAUUGAGGACGUGAAUGACAAUUCCCCUGCCUUCAGCAAGGAUGCUCUGGAGCUCGAGAUCGGUGAAUGGAUUGCUCCCGGGACUCGUUUUCCCCUUGAGAUGGCCCGAGACGCAGACGCCGGAAGCAACUCGCUGCUGAGUUACGAGCUCACCAGCAACCCGUCCUUCUCUCUGGCCGUGAAGGAGAGCUCGGACGGAACCCAGCAGCCUGAAUUAGUGCUGGAGAGAGCGUUGGACCGGGAGAAGCAGAGUUCUUUUGAGCUGAUACUGACGGCAGUGGAUGGCGGGGAUCCGAGGAAAUCCGGGACAGUCCAGAUUCGUGUCAACGUGACGGACGCCAACGACAACCCGCCUGUGUUCAGCAAAAGCAUCUACGAGGCGCAGGUGGCGGAGAAUCUUCCAGCCGGUUCGCUGGUGCUGCGAGUGCUGGCCACGGAUGCUGACGCGGGAUCCAAUGGGCGGGUCUCCUAUUCCUUCAGUAACGUCCCGGCCGGGAUCCGUGAGUUGUUCACUGUCGACAGCGAGAGCGGCGAGGUCAGGACAGCGGGUCCUCUCGAUUUCGAGGAGAAAAGUAAAUACAGCUUCAGCCUGGAGGCGAGGGACGGGGGCGGAUUCACGGCUCACUGCAAAGCUCAAAUAGAUAUAACCGACAUGAACGACAACGCCCCCGAAAUCACAAUUCUGUCGCUGUCGAGCCCCGUGCCCGAGGACUCACCAGCCGGCACCGUGGUUGCCCUGCUGAACGUGAACGAUCCCGACUCCGGCGAGAACGGUGAGGUGUCGUGCGAGCUGUCGGGAGAGGCACCGCUGUCGAUCGUGGCGUCGUCGGGCGGCUCAUACAAGGUGGUGACGGCGAGCGCGCUGGACCGCGAGCAGGCGUCCGAGCACCGCGUGACGGUGGUGGCCCGGGACCGGGGCAGCCCGGCGCUGUGGAGCAGCGCGGAGCUGUUGCUGGAGGUGUCGGACGUGAACGACAACGCGCCGGUGUUCGAGGAGGCGUCGUACAGCGCGUACGUGCGGGAGAACAACGCGGUGGGCGCGCUGGUGUUGCGCGUUGUGGCUCGGGACUUGGACGCGGGCGCGAACGGGCGCGUGAGCUACUGGCUGUCGGGCGGCAGCGCGGGCGCGGCGGGCGCGGCGCCGCUGGUGUCGGUGGAGGCGCGGAGCGGCGCGGUGUACGCGCAGCGCUCGUUGGACUACGAGCAGUGCCGCGAGUUCUUGGUGGCCGUGCGGGCGCAGGACGGCGGGUCGCCGGCGCGCAGCUCGACGGCCACGGUGCGCGUCUUCGUGCUCGACCAGAACGACAACGCGCCGCGGGUGCUCUACCCGCCCCCGCCGGCGGCGUCGGGCUCGGUGGGUUCGGCUUUCGAGGUGGUGCCGCGUUCGGCGUCGUCCGGGUACCUGGUGGGCAAGGUGGUGGCGGUGGACGCGGACGCGGGGCGCAACGCGUGGCUGUCGUACGAGCUGGUGCAGGCGUCGGAGCCGGCGCUGUUCCGCGUGGGGCUGCACAGCGGCGAGGUGCGCACGGCGCGGGCCGUGUCGGAGAGGGACGCGGCCAAGCAGCGCGUGGUGGCCGUGGUGAAGGACCACGGCGAGCCGGCGCUGUCGGCCACGGCCACGCUGCACGUGGUGCUGGCCGAGCGCUUGCAGGAGGCGCUGCCGGAGCUGAGCGAGCGGGCGGCGGGCGCCGAGGCGGCGGGCGAGCUGCAGUUCUAUCUGGUGCUGGCGCUGGCGCUGCGGUCGGCGCUGUUGGUGCUGAGCGUGGCGCUGGCCGUGCUGGCGCGGCUGCGGCGGGCCGGGCCGCCCGGCGUGCUGCGCUGCCUGGGCGCGCAGCGCUUGUCGCUGGCCGGCGCCGCCUUCCCGGCCGACUUCUGCGAGGGCACCUUGCCCUACUCCUACAACCUGUGCGUGGCGGCGCCGCCCCGCUUGGCCGCCGAGGCCGCUUGGCCGCCGCCGCCGCUGCCCAUCGUGCCCGCGGAGGAGCUUGUGGUCGGGGAGCCCUGCGAGAAGCCGAGUCUGAGCAGCAGCGCCGUCGUGGGAGAGCCACUUGCCGACCCCAACGCACCGCAGGUGUGUAUAUCCGCGUGCUCUCUCUCUUUUCCUGGAACCUCUGGCCCGGCGUCCCGUAUGCCUUUCGAUUUUCCCAGGACGUGUUGUUAAGGUUCUUUAGUUCGCAACUGAUUUAAAUACUUUAUAUUGGUUCUACACGCAGCAAGUAGCCAGUCUCUGCAUUUGCUACUUAGAUGUUAACAGGUUCUGGUUCACGUGAAAAGCAUUGACCAGAGCUCUCUUUAGAACUAAUAGCGGUGUACGC